AUGCCGCAGACGCCUGCCUGCACCGCCGUGCUCGACGCCGGUGGCUACAGCAGGAGCCUGUUCCAGUCCGGGGAGGAUGACCGUGGGGGGCUCUACUACCACGACAACAGCCUCCUGUCGGGGUCUCUGGAAGCUCUGAUCCAGCACUUGGUGCCCAGCAUUGAUUACUAUCCCGACAGGACAUACAUCUUCACCUUCCUUCUCAGCUCACGCCUGUUCAUGCAUCCAUACGAGCUCAUGGCCAAGGUCUGCCAUCUGUGCUUCGAGCAGCAGCGACGAAGCGAGCCUGGCCUGGAGAAGAGCUGGAUACGAAAAAUCGCACCCAAAGUCCUGCAGUUGCUGACCGAAUGGACAGAGACGUUUCCGUAUGAUUUCCGAGAUGAAAGAAUGAUGAGGAACCUAAAGGAGCUGGCACAGAGAAUAGCCAGUGGUGACGAG